GGUCAAACGUCCCAGCUCGGAAUCCCCUCUGUUUUCGUGUUUGUGAGGAAGGGGAUGAUGUGGGUUUGCGUGUUCCGAUAAGCAACAUCUGGCUGCCCGCCAAGAACCGAACCUCGGUCCUCACUGACCUGCCCCUUCUUCUGGCGUUCUUGGUUGAAGCUCUGGGAAUCGUCACCCACAUCUCCCUUGUUGGUGUAUGCACAGCUGAUCCCAUGCUCUGGGGUCUGAAUAGGUAUUCAGAAUCUUCUUUGUGGGUCUUUUUUUUUUCUCUAUUUGUCUGUCCCCUCCUAAUGCAGACUGCAUCGACUCGAAAGCCAUCCUCAGAGCUGGUCCCAUCUCAGUGCGGGAUUCACUGCCUUUAAAACGAAGGGACACUUGUGCCCCCGACCUUGUGGUCCCCACCUGCUUUCCUCAUGUGCCUCCUCCCUUCCCUCUCCACUCCAGGUGUCCUCACCUGUUCAGUCACCCCCACUGUGGCCACUGCCUCUUCCAGCCCCCUCCAGUUCUUCACUAGCAGGAGCUCCACUCAUCCGUCAAGGUUUUCUACAGGCCCUGCUGUCCCCUUGGCCAGAACGAACACUUGGCCAAAGGAUGUGGGCAUCCUGGCCAUGGAGUUGUAUUUCCCCGCCCAGUAUGUGGACCAAACAGACCUGGAGAAGUAUAACAACGUAGAAGCCGGGAGGUACACGGUGGGCUUGGGCCAAACCCACAUGGGCUUCUGCUCAGUGCAGGAGGACAUCAACUCCCUGUGCCUAACGGUGGUGCAGCGGCUGAUGGAGCGCACGGAGCUCCCGUGGGACUCUGUGGGCCGGCUGGAAGUGGGCACCGAGACCAUCAUCGACAAGUCCAAGGCUGUUAAAACGGUGCUCAUGGAGCUCUUCCAGAACUCGGGCAACACUGACAUCGAGGGCAUAGAUACCACCAAUGCCUGCUACGGCGGCACUGCCUCCCUCUUCAACGCGGCCAACUGGAUGGAGUCCAGCUACUGGGAUGGUCGCUACGCCAUGGUGGUGUGUGGGGACAUCGCCGUGUACGCCAGAGGAAAUGCUCGCCCCACGGGCGGGGCCGGGGCCGUGGCAAUGCUGGUUGGGCCCGAGGCUCCCCUGGUCCUUGACAGAGGGCUUCGGGGAACCCACAUGGAGAACGUCUACGAUUUCUACAAACCAGAUGGGUCCACGGAAUACCCAAUGGUGGACGGGAAGCUCUCCAUCCAGUGCUACUUACGGGCCUUGGACCAAUGUUACGCAGUAUACCGUCAAAAAAUCCAGAACCAGUGGAAGCAAGCUGGCAUCGACCGACCUUUCACUCUCGAUGAUUUACAGUUCAUGAUCUUCCACACACCCUUUUGCAAGAUGACCCAGAAAUCCCUGGCUCGCCUGAUGUUCAAUGACUUCCUGUCCGCCAGUAACGACACACAGAUCAGCCACUACAAGGGGCUGGAGGCCUUCAGGGGGCUAAAGCUGGAAGACACCUACAACAACAAGGAGCUCGAAAAAGCUUUGCAAAAGGCCUCCCUGGACAUGUUCAACAGGAAAACCAAGGCCUCCCUUUACUUCUCCACCCACAACGGAAACACGUACACCUCGUCCCUGUAUGGGUGUCUGGCCUCACUUCUGUCCCAGCACUCUGCCCAGGACCUGGCUGGCUCCAGGAUUGGUGCCUUUUCCUAUGGCUCUGGCUUGGCAGCCAGUUUCUUUUCACUUCAAGUGUCCCAGGACGCUUCUCCAGGCUCCCCCCUAGAAAAGCUGGUAUCUAGUAUGUCAGACCUGCCAGAACGCCUUGCCUCCAGGAAGCGCAUGUCUGCUGAGGAGUUCACGGCAAUCAUGGACCAAAGAGAACAAUUCUUCCACAAGGUGAAUUUCUCACCCCCUGGAGACAUAAAGAACCUUUUCCCAGGCACCUGGUACCUGGAGAGAGUGGACGAGCUGCAUCGCCGGAAGUACGCCCGCUGUCCGGUCUGAAGGUGCUUCGUGGAGCGGUCCCCAGGAAAAGUCCACUAGCAGAGCUUUUGCCCACGAAUCAUGUAAAGAAAAACAAACAACCCACUCGGAGCUGGUACACAGAUCAGAUUGGACACACCAGUCCUGUAAGCCCUGGCGAGUGACAGCCGCCCUCCAUGGGGCCUUCGUGCCUUUUCCUGCUGUAGUCACCGUCAUGAGCCUGUGACUCUGUGGGUCAGGGGCCCUUUGUGAAAAAGAGGGCUGGGGAAAAGGCCUGGCCUUGACCUCCAGAAAUGCGGCAGAUCAGCUGUCUCCAGGAUCCGGAUAACUCGCUUAUCGUCCAUUGCAGCUUUGUUUUUAUUAUUAUUACUAAAUCUCUGUGCUGUUCUGUCUUUAUUCUUUCUUUCAGUUUUCUGUGAAUUUCUAAGUUAUAUACCUGGUACUAAGCUAAUAUAACACCAUUAAAAAGGUAGAGAAGUGAGGGGGAAGAGGUGAAGGGCAUCCAUUGCACGGCAUUAGAUAAGAACUAGACUUUGGUCCCGGCCAGCAUGGCUCAAUUGGUUGAACCGUCGUCCUGUAACCAAAAAUUUGCGGGUUCGAUUCCUGAUCAGGGCAACACACCCAGGUUUGUGUUCACUCCGUGGUCUGGGCCUGUAGGAGAGGCAACCAAUCGAUGCUCCUCUCUUGCAUGGAUGUUUGUCUCUCUCUCCCUUCCUCUCUCUCUAAAAAGGGAUGAAAAACAUGUCCCUGGGUGGAGAUAAAAUAAAUAAACAACUAGACUUCUGGAGGCGAUGACUUUGUAGUAUAUACAGAUGUCUAAUUAGAAUGCAUGCUGUACACCUGAAAUUUAUAUAAUAAAGAAAUAAAAGUAAAAGGCAAGAGAGGCAACCAAGCCCUAACUGUGCACAGAAACGAAAAUCACAAACAAGAAAACGAAAUGAGAUACUCAAAAGAGAAAAGGAGGAAACAGUUCUUCUACUUCCUGGAAACCAGAACAUAGAAAAAUUCACACUGGCUGCCCUGAAGAGAAGCCUGCUCCGCCCUCUGGCCCCCCGG